CGAUAAUUCAGUCUGAUUCAACUUGACACAGUCGUAGGAGAAGCCGGAGUAGGACUUUUUCCUAGAACAGAUGGUGUGUGCAUUGUGACCUGUAUGCACAAUCGAAUACCAUUAUUAACUGGUCAUGUAUUUGAUAUGCAUCGGUACGUGUAUUGAACGCUGGAGCGAUGAUAACGUGUGGCGAUGUGCUGCAAUUUUUCAAUGAAUCAAUGUAUUUCAAGCCCACUGGAUAUCAUUGUAAGGACACGACACGUACAUUAUAGGCCUUCAUUUUAUGUAUUGGAAUAAUUCAAAAUACCGGACCAGCAGCAGCUCUAUGCGUGAAGCAAGAAGGCUUCUGGAGUGAUUCGCUGACGGUAAAGACGGGAGAAGGGCGUGGACACCAACAAGAAAAACGACAACAGCAAUACCGAAUGUUACGUGAUGUUAUCUAGCGUUAUGAAGUGCUAGCUUCGUUUUAUAUUUAGUGCUAUGUACGGCAGGGGCCGACCCUUCACCGCUUAUGUUGGCGACAAAUUAACGGAGCUAGCAUGUUGCCUGUUUGCGAUUGUUCAUCCAGUCAUAGGGAGGCGACGUCGUGUUUUUAUGGUGGCAGCUUUAUUUUCUAUAUGUCUCAUCGUCCUACUACGAGGUGUUGUUAAGAUGAAUCCCAUUGCGUGCACAUAUCUCGACCCCUGUGAUGAUGAAACCAUAGUCAAUUUUGUUGGAAACUGGACAACAUUGCCUCUUGAGGUGUGCCCACUGUGCAAGCAACGUCAGGAAACCUUGAUGAAGAUUGACUAUACUGUGACGUCAUUGGAUCAAGUGGAGCGUCAGCUGACCUGGCUUCAGCCUGGAGGACGGUAUAAACCCACAAACUGCAUUUCUAGACAACGUGUAGCGAUAGUCAUCCCCUAUAGAAACCGAUCAAAUCAUUUGCGAGUCUUUAUUAAGUACAUCCACCAAUUCUUACGCGAUCAGUCUGCACAUUAUGGCAUCUACGUCGUAGAACAGAGCGAGGCUGGCAAUUUCAACCGCGGAUCUCUUCUAAACAUUGGGUUUGUUAACGCAUUCAAGGAGGAAAAUUAUGAUUGUUUUAUUUUUCAUGAUGUUGACUAUCUUCCACUUGAUCUUAGGAAUGUUUACGCAUGCUCAGACAACCCGAAGCACAUGUCAGUAAUCGUGGAUACGUUCGACGAUAAACUUCCAUACCCUGAGUUCUUUGGUGGCGUGGCUGCGCUCACCACGAAACAGUUCCAACGCAUUAACGGAUUCCCGAACCGGUAUUGGGGCUGGGGAGGGGAAGACGACGAUGUACUCGAGCGCAUCAAAUGGGUGGGGUAUUCUAAGAUUCUGAGACAUUUGCCGCAGAACGCUAGGUACACCAUGCUGACGCAUUCGCGAGAUAGCGGAAAUCCAGUUAACCCUAAAAGAUACCAUCUGUUAAUCAAUGCGCAUAAAAAGGCCAAGCUUGAUGGCCUGAAUAGUUUGAAAUAUACUCUAAAAAUCGUCCAAAAGAAAAAGUUGUACACGUGGAUUUAUGUUGAUCUUAAUGAGCCUUAAAAUACUACGCAGUUUCCACCGUGUCUGGUGCGUCUUCACCAUGAAAGUUAUACUUUUUACAAUUGGUAUCGUGUGGUAUUCAAAUUACCCGCUAGCGGAAGUAGAAAAACGGACGCGGAAUAUACCAACCACACUCAGCGGAAGAUUUUGAUUACACAGCAGCGUUGAGACGAGCGUAGUUUUCUCGACAAUGGUGACCAUAUAGUGGGAUAAAGCCAUGCUCAUGUUAACCUGUCGUAUCAUAUCAUAGUUAAAAGUGGUUGUUGUAUCAACAUACCACUAUCAGUAAUUGCUUCUAUAAGACUGACAGAUUUUUAAGCAAUAGGGCGUUUGCGCGGGACCAAACCGAUCUCGAUCAUCGCUCAGGCUCAAGUGUGGGUAAUGACACCGAACUUGAUGAGAAUGAUGAUGUUUGCCGUGGUCUGGAAUGGUGAUGACGUCCUCGCUAAUUGUGGUGAUUGGGUAAUUACAAAAUCAGUAAUGUUACUUGAUUCGAAAGACCUCCAUAUUGCACCCGAUGACCAAUGACGGUAUUGCAUUAAAACACGUGACUUGACGUCACCACAUUACGCCCUUGGUGCUUUACCAAUCAUAUCUGGAUCUGGGUCAGACGCACCACGGCAAAGCCAACAGUUGCAUGUAAUUAGCGCCUGCAUUAACUGGUCUUAUGCGGCUAAUUCGCCAAUUAUUGAUGACUAAAUUUGAGCUUCUCAAGCGAAAUCCUGGAGAUGAUAACAUAUCAAGUAUUACCAUGUAUUAUUGUUUCCAUGACAACUGACGGAAAUCAUGUUUACUAUGCAUUGCAAUAUAUAUCUACAAAGAUAUCAAGUUAUUAAAUGUAU